CGCCAGUUAUCUUCUAUCGCUUUUGCAUUGCUCGUGUGGUUUUUUGUCAUCCACAACACAUCUAACCUCGUAUUAUUGCACAAUCUCAAGACCACUGUGAACCAUGGACAAACUUUUCCGAAUGGGCAGUCAAUCCAAUCGACACCGACCUCCCGCUGCCCCUCCGCCACAAACGGGUACUCCUUAUGGAAAUGACCCAAAUGCUAUUCCCCAUGGCGCAGCCGCUGGAUAUUACGGACAAGGUACUCAGCCUCAGUACCAGGCUCCUACUUCUCCGCCCUAUAAUGGCUAUCCAUCCGGUCAACAGCAAUUUAGCCCGCCACCGGGACCGCCACCACCUGCACAAGGCGGUGCCCAUUACAAUCAAUCGAAUGGUCCGGGUGGAGAGGAUCCUUUGGCAAUGUUGAGUAGGUAUGAUACUGUCGUGCUGGUGGACGAUUCAGGCUCAAUGGAAAUGUUCUGGGAUGAAACUCGUAACGCUUUGAUAGGGCUAGUAGCUCAGGCCAUUCGCUAUGAUUCAGAUGGGAUUGAUCUGCACUUCUUCAACGACGUUCGCGCCUCUACCCAUGGAUGCCGCACUACUCAGCAGGUUCAAGAAAUCUUUCGCCGGGUAGAGCCAAGACGAUCCACUCCAACUUCCAACGCAAUGAAAAGAGUCCUGGACCCCUACCUUCAAAAGCUGCAUCAGAGCAAGACAAAUGGGAUUCAAGUCAAGCCAAUGAAUCUGGUCGUUCUUACUGAUGGCGCACCUGACCGAGGUCAAAGUCCUGAAGAGAUGAUUGUCGAAAUGGCAAAGUUUUUGGACGGAGGUAGAUACCCCCUUUCACAGAUUGGUAUCUCCUUUAUUCAAAUCGGAGAUGAUGAACAGGCGGCCAGACAUCUCACAGCGUUGGAUGACGACCUAAAGACCAAAUAUCGUAUCAGGGACAUUGUCGACUGCACUCCUUAUCAGGCUAGUGAUCCCUCUAGAGUGGGUGCAAUUUCUGCUGAUUUCAUCUUGAAGGCACUAUUGGGAGGUGUCAACCGGAAAAUCGAUAGGCAAAGCAUUCGCUGAACUUGACUCUCUUCCAAACGAGGAAAUGGCAGGUCAUGUGGUUUUUGAGAGUCGUGAUCAACCACUGGAUACCUGGAGAAAUUAUGUGCAUAUUGUCUGUUCAAUAGCUAUUGUAUUAUACUGAAAUAUCAUCAGAGUGAUAAUUGGUUCUGGUAUUCUUUUGAUGACAAGUCCAAAGCCUGAUGAAUAAGUGGAAGGGAAAGUUAGUUUGGAUUUAUUAAAGUGUUUGGUUGUGUGUUUUCUUUAUUUUAGGUAUCUGUCCCUGUAUCACCCCAUGUACUACUCUUUUGAGACUGCUCAUCAUAUCUAUUUUUAAACCAUCUCAAGUGGAGCACAAGCUGACAAGUUAGCACUUGAGGUG